AUGGCCGCAAACAUGGAGUUCAAGGAAAAACUGCAGUUUUAUUGCACGGGUGGAAUGGUGUCGUUAGCAGUGGCACUCGGCGAGAAACUUGGACUUUUACAGGCUUUGGAUGGGGUAUCCUCCCCGUCGAAUCCGGCAUCGGCUAAAGUGGUAGCGGAAGCCGCUUCAUGCAAGGAAAGAUAUGUAAAAGAAUGGCUUUCCACGAUGGCCACCGCGGAUAUAAUCGAAGUGAAUGACGACGAAAGGUUUUGGAUAGAUGCUGAGAAGCGAAAGGAUCUAAUCGAAACACCAUGUAGUCCAUACGCUCGAAUGUCGUACGUCACCACGUUUGGCGGGGUUUUUGAACAGCUGGCUGAAUUGAUGCGGAUCGAAUCGCCAAAACUAGGCCUGGAUUACGCGCAAUUCGAUGAAUAUUACAAAUGCCGUGAUGUCUAUACAAAAGCGUUAUAUGGGAAGCAUUUAAUUCCGAAUAUUGUCCCGGAUAUGGGGAUGACGGAGGCUCUUACAAACGAGAUCUCGGCGCUUGAUGUGGGCUGUGGCAGCGGUUUUCACUCACUUUUGAUGGCCCGCCACUUUCCCAAGUCAUUUUUCUAUGGAAUUGACAUUUCGGAAAAUGCCCUGAAAAUCGCCGUGGAUCAUGCUGAAGAAGAUGGCCUGAAAAACACAAACUUUUCCAAUCACUACGCGGAAGCGCUACCGAAAGACUGGGGCGAGAAAUUCGAGCUGGUGACCCUGUUCGACUCGUGUCACGAUCAGAUGAGGCCCGAUUUGUCCGUUCGAGAAGCGUAUCGCGUUCUGAAACCGGGCGGUGUUUUGGCGGUUGUUGAAAUUGAUGGUACUGGGAAUACGAAGGAGGACAAAGAAAAAGACAGUCUGCGUGCGGCAAUGUUCUACGGCUCCUCACUUUUCCACUGCCUUCCGGUGGCCAGUAAUUCGCCAGACGCACUGGGCCUUGGAACGAUGUGGGGCCGCCCUAAAGCUUCUCGUCUUCUGCUCGACGCCGGAUUCUCGAAUAUCCAAGCCAAACCCCUGUCUUACAUUGCCAAUGUCCUUUACUUAGCUAGGAAA